CAGGUAGCUCGGGAGAGGCGUGGAGGCCCCCAGCGGCACAAAGACGGCGGCCACCUCCUCCGGAAGAGGGCAAAGAGCGAGAGCUGCGUCCCCUCCCGAGGCCUGACGCACCAGGCGGGCGGGGUUCCCUCGCCCACCAGGUGAACCCUCCCAGCGCGGCACACUCCGCCCCUCCGUCGUCCUCCUUCCCCCUCGCACGGCUGGGCGGCCCCAUUUCCUUAGCGGCCAGAGGGCGAGGGUAGGCGCCGGCAGCAGACUCGGGACCAGAGGGGAACGUUUGAAGCCGAGGAGGAGACGGGAAGAAGCUGCAGCCUCGCCAUGGCUUGGCCUCUGGGCGCAGGACUUGAGCUUUGGCUCCUUUGGAGUUGCAUGAUUCUUGGAAAUGGGCUUCAUGUGCAGAUUCUUGGUGGCAGAAGUGACCAGCAGUCUAGACAAAAGCGAGAAUGGAUUGUCCCACCUGCAGUCAUCACGGAAGAGCAGGACAACUCCAGGAGGAAUCCAAUUGCUAGAAUACAGUCUGAUUUUCAGAAUUCUACAGUGAUCACAUACACGAUUUCUGGUCAAGGGGUCACAGAACCACCAUAUGGACUAUUUGUUAUGAAUGGAAAAACAGGCGAACUGAACAUCACUGGAAAGGUUGAUCGGGAACAAACACCCGUGCUCCUUUUGAAAGGUUUCGCCAUCAAUCAGAAUGGUGAUAACAUAGAAAAACCAUUAGACCUGAGAAUUAAAGUUCUGGACAUAAAUGAUAAUAGCCCAGUGUUUUCAGAGGAAGUUUUUGUGGGCUCUGUUGAAGAGUUAUGUGAUGUAGGUACUGUUGUGAUGAGGAUAAGUGCAACUGAUGCAGAUGAGCCAAAUACCCUCAACUCCAAAAUUGCCUUCAGGAUUAUUUCUCAAGAGCCCAGUGAGCCUCCUGCAUUCAUGAUUAACAAAGCAACAGGAGUGGUUCAGACUACGACAUUCCAGCUUGACAGAGAGGAACACAGUAGCUUCUCCUUAAUUGUGGAGGCAAAAGACCGAGAUGGAGCUGCAAUCGGGUUAGGGAAAGCAAGCACUGUAAAGUUCAAACUUAUAGAUGUCAAUGACAAUAUUCCGGUUCUUGAGAAAGCCACAUACGAAGGAAGUGUUAAGGAAAACAUGGCAAAUAUGGAAAUCAUGCGACUGAAGGUUUUCGACAGAGAUGAGGAGUUCACCGACAACUGGCUGGCGCAGUUCGCAAUUGUGUCUGGCAAUGAAGGAGGCUAUUUCCGUAUAGAAACAGAUUCUCAAACCAAUGAAGGAAUCUUGACUCUUGUUAAGGAAGUUAAUUAUGAAGAACUACAGACAAUGAACUUAAAUAUUGUUGUAUCUAACAAAGCAGCAUAUCACAAAUCAAUUAUUAGUCGUGGUUAUCAAGCACAACCAAUUCCAGUUAAAAUUAAUGUGAUAAAUGUGAAGGAAGGUCCUGUGUUUAAGCCCCAAACACUGGUAAUUAAAGCAAACAGAACCAUGAAGCUGAAUCAGGUUAUUGGAAGCUUUCAAGCUUUUGAUGAAGACACUGGAAAAAUAGCAGAACGUAUCAGGUAUUCCAAACUUCGUGAUGUUGAAAACUGGUUUAAAAUAGAUUCGAAAACUGCUGAAAUCAAGCUUAUUAAAAUACCUAGAUUUGACUCAUCUUCUCUUGUCAAUGGUAGUUACAUUGCAACAAUUCUGGCUGUAACUGAAGACAUCCCUUCAAAAACUGCUACAGGUACCAUUGCUAUUCAAGUACAGAAUGUUAAUUUCCAUUGUCCAACUAUCACAACACGAGCAACAACAAUCUGUGCUGAUGCAAAGUUCGCCAACAUCAGUGUUGAAGAUCAUGAUCCCCAUCCAAAUGGUGGUCCUUUCACUUUUAGUGUCAUUGAUGAGCCUGAAAGAAUGUCGGACAAAUGGGUAAUUGGCCAGGUAGAUGGAUCUAGAGCACAGCUUGUAUCAGUGGAUGCGCAUCCUGGCUCAUAUGAGAUUCCUAUUUUAGUAAAAGAUAACCAGGGUCUCAGCUGUGCUGACCGGCAAAUUGUUCACGUCUCUGUUUGCACCUGUGGGAAAGAUGGAGUUUGCGUAGGACAGAGGAUUGUUGGCUCGUCAGUUGUGCUGGGACCUGCUGCAGUUGCAUUGAUAAUCCUGGCACUCUUGUUGUUGCUGCUGCUGCCUCUCUUGUUGCUGAUGUGUCGUGCUGGGUCAGGUGCUACGAAAGGUUUUGCAGCAAUACCCGAUAACAGCGAAGAAAUGUUGCGUAACUGGAACAAUGAAGGGGCAGCUCCUGAAAACAAGGCAUUCCUAAACCUCAUCGCUCCCCCUGCGUUGGACAACUCUGCCUCAAGUAUGGGAGUUGGAGCAGCAGCUGUGGGUGUAGGAGCAGCAGCUACUCAGGGUGGUGGCUCUUCUUCUAUGAUGAAAGAACAUUACAACAGCAUGAAAGUGACCGAUGGGCGAUGGGAAGAGCAAAGAGCUCUUCUGUCCGGUGCAGGUUAUGGAGGCAUGGAAUCAGGGGGUGCAUCAGCCAUGGCAGCUGGAGGAGGCAUGGCAGCCAGAGGUACCAUGGUAAUGGGUUCUGGAGGAAUGAUGGGUGCUGGAGGGACUAUGGCCAUGGAAACUGGAGGAGCCGUGAACGAAGACUUCUUAAGGAGUUACUUCAAUGAUAAAUAUGUUGCUUUCGCUGAUGAAGAUGAAGGUCAGCUUGUAAAAGACUGCCUGUUAGUUUACUCUCAGGAGGAGGAAGGAGGAUCUACUCAUGGCUCUGUUGGCUGCUGCAGCUUUAUUGAAGAUGAUUUUGAUGACCAUUUCCUGGAUGAUUUAGGAGAUAAAUUUAAGACUCUAGCUGAAAUCUGUGUGGGCAAACGCAUGGGAACAGUAGCCAAGCAGCACAGUUCUCAAGUCCUGAAAGACACAGUGGAUGAAUUGGAUGUGCAUGGCUUGAGUUCAAAGCACAACUAUUCUUCAGGAUCCAGCUACCAACUACCUGAAACUACAAAAGAUUUUGGUGCAGAGAUUGUAACGGAAGAAUUAGUAACUGAGACAGCUUUUGCAUCUAGGGCCGGCCUCCAGCCAGCGAAGCCUAUACCUGACCCCAUGGUAAGCAGCAGUGUUGUUGUGACAGAAACGUCUUAUGGGGCAACACCCUCCACAGUGAUCCUAGACCCUCAGUUGAAUGAAAAUGUUGUUGUGACAGAGAGGGUGCUUGCUCCUGCUUCCAGCUUGCAGGAAAUGUUAGAAAUACCUCAUGGAGUAUUUCAGGACCUCCCAGAUUCAAAGUAUGUUGUAGUGAGAGAAAGGGAGAGGGUCCUUGUGCCUAGUUCUAACCUGCAGGCCUCCUUAAGCAUCCCCAAUUUAUCAGAAGGACAAAACGUGGUAGUAACUUCAUCCUCCCCUGGUUGGCAGGCUGCAGGCAUGCGAACCAUGACAGAACCAACUAUAUAUUCUGGCACUGAUAGGCAAGAACAUGUCUUGAUCUCAGAUCCUGUUUUUCACCAAGCCAGCACAGAGGAAGUCUUUCCCCCUGGUUCUUCUUUGAACAAGUCCUCAAGGCUCACAAAAUACAGCUCUGUGCAAUAUACACGCUCCUAAGUGCUGUAUUUUUCAUCUUUCGCUUUGUAGAUAAAGUUGACAUUGAAAAAAGUAGUGGUUUGUUUUUCUCAAGGCCUGAAUAGGUUUUUUUAGUCUUCCCACAGUACUCUCUCAAAAAGAACACAUCAGGAACUACUGCAAGUGGCUACUGAUGUUGCAUACACGAAAAUAACUGUAUUAAUAAAAAUGAGACACACCUCUUAAUGUAGGUGCAUAGCUAUAUACAUUUUAGGAUCUACAGG